CCACUUAACUGCCAGCAGCCAACGGGCAGAAGAAGCCGUGCGAGCAGAGUCAACACAGUGCCGCACUUCUCAGCCUGUUUAUACGAUUUGUGGAGGCUUCAACGUCUCCCUGAGCCACUCGACAAGAAUAUAUAAAGUCUAUGUUACGUUCCACCAUUUUAUCCUCGCGUUAGCUAACCGGAGCGCAUGGAGUCUGCGUUCAAAAGGACGGUGAGGUGUUUUGCGGACAAGAGAUCAUCCAGCUAAUGUUAGCUAGCCGCAGCCAGCCGCGGUGUGGACUUGAGAGUGGAGAAGCUCGGUGCUGCUGCCCACUCUACUGACGGAACUACGGAAAGACGUUAACCUAAACAAUGGGCGUCAUAUUCGCCAAACUGUGGAGCUUCUUCUGUAACCAAGAGCACAAGGUUAUAAUUGUUGGAUUGGAUAACGCAGGAAAAACCACCAUCCUCUACCAGUUUUUGAUGAAUGAGGUCGUCCACACGUCACCCACUAUCGGGAGCAAUGUGGAGGAGAUAGUGGUGAAGAACACUCACUUUCUGAUGUGGGAUAUAGGAGGACAGGAGUCCCUCAGGUCCUCCUGGAACACCUACUACUCCAAUACAGAGUUCAUCAUUCUGGUAGUGGACAGCACAGACAGAGAGAGGCUGGCCAUCUCUAAAGAGGAGCUCUACAGGAUGUUGGCUCACGAGGACCUGAGGAAAGCAGCCGUGCUGAUAUUUGCCAAUAAGCAGGAUAUGAAGGACUGUAUGUCUGCAGCGGAGAUCUCCAAAUACCUCAGCCUGAGCUCCAUCAAAGAUCACCCCUGGCACAUACAGUCCUGCUGCGCACUUACAGGAGAGGGUUUAUGCCAAGGCCUGGAGUGGAUGACCUCGCGGGCCGGCCUCAGAUAGCCCCUCGCCCCCUCUACGGCCUGAUGACCUGCACCACCACACAGUGGCUACGUCAGCUUCUCCUCACUUGCUUAUCGUUGCUUUAUAUUUUUUUAAUGACAAACAUUGACUUCUGGAGGGUUAUUAACACACAGUGGAGCCGGUGUCUCUCCAAUUGGAGACGUGACCUGAACUGGGGACCCUCGCCGGUUAUCUGGAACAAACAGUCGCUUUUUCUGCAGAGGAGGGGAAGAAGAUCAUUUCGAUGAGUUGAGAGUAUGUCCAAGUGCAAAGCAGGUGUGCACUGGACAUCCUUCACACUAAAUACAUAUCAUGUCACCUCACACCAUUUCAUAUCAUGAGACAUCACGUUGGUGCAGCUCUAUUAUUAAUAUCGUUUUUUUUGCCUUUAUACAAGUUUGUUCAUGUUCAGGUAACAAUUGACUCGACAAAGGGAUUACAAGCAGUAUUGUAACAUUUUCAGGGGGGAAUGGUGGCACUACGGAGGUUUUUCAGAAUAAUGUUCUCAUUCUUCAUUUUUAGCACAGCCAUUAAUAUCUGUUACACAUUUCAGUUUCAUAAGCUACAUUGUCGGUGGUUAUUCUCUCUCUAGGUCUUACGGUGCCGUAUUGAAACGUGGUCAAAUACAAAUCUCCCUUUAUUAACUCUGAGCUUGUACUUGUAUGUAUUUGAGCCACAUGGUGUAGAUUCAACCUUUUCUGACCCUCACUUUAGCCAUUUAUUUAAUUUUGCAAAGAAUUAAAUAAAUGGAAUUCAUAUGCAAGUACAAUGCUCCCUUUUUAAUGGCAGUAUUUUAAAUGUAAACACUAUGUUUUGUCAAUGAUGCAUUAUGUUUUUUAUUUAAUUGUAUUAUUUUUAAGAAUGUUUGCUCGUGGUGAGUGGGCAUCUGUAUUAACAGAUGAUCUUUGGUGCUGCAAGUGUGUUUGACAUUAUCAUACAAACAUUUCAGUCAUUUCCUGCAGAAUAUAUUCCACUUUUAAACAUUUUGUACUUUUUAAACAAAGCCGCCAGAAUUAGCCAGCACAUUUAUGGGGAAGUUGGUUCUCUGCAGCCACCUGGACUAAGUAGCAUUAAGAUCAUUUUAUCUUAAUAUGUUGGCCAUCAUUUAGGUAUAUUACUUGAUCCUCAGCCUUAACCAUGCUAUUGUGAGUGUCUGGAGGACAGUAUGUGUAUGAAUCUGAAAAGUCUGCCCAUGAUUUUUACCCUUAUUUCCUUUGACCUGGUAUAAGAAUUCCUUGGUAACAGAUCUAUGCACGCGUCACUUUGAAACCAUGUCUACCUUUUGCAAGUUCCACAGUGGCCAAAAAGUGUGAGGUGCAUGAGUUUCAAUCCCAACAGUGGUGAAGAACUGGUGUCCAUCUUGGUCAGGGAGUGCCUCAGGGUCUCUACAGUGUAUUUGUUGUGGGGCAAGGUAUUUUAACACAAAGAGGAAAAAGGGUGAAGUGUGCAGCAUUGAGGUUUACAGCUUUUACCUUGAUCUUACAAAGCAAGGGAACUGAUCGUAUACUAUCAGUAUGGUGGGGUCCAGUCGGGGUCAUGUACUGUAAUUCAGUUUUUAUUUUUCAAUAAAAGUUUGUUUUGAACUUUGA